CGAACCGCCUGUCCGUCAUGUGUUUAGGGCGUUGCCUUUCUCGGCAGCUGUCAGAUGCAGAGCUUCUCCUCUAAAACGGCCGAAAACACGGCAGGACAGAUGAAUAUUGGACACUUGUGAACAAAAACAGUCUUUUAGAAACAAAGAGUGCUGAUCCUCCCCAACCAUCUAGCGGACCAUCGGACCCCCAUCAUAUCCUCAUCAUGGAGGCCGCCAACAGCUACGUGCUCAUCCACGGGAAGAACAUAUCCCAAAAUACCCUGGCAGGCUCUGCAGCCGGGCCCCACAUGUCCAUCGAUAAGCUGUUCCCGGCUCUCCUCGAGUGCUUUGGCAUCAUAUUGUGUGGCUACAUAGCUGGCAGGGCAGAUAUCAUCACACAGAGCCAGGCGAAGGGUUUGGGGGCCUUUGUGUCUAAAUUCGCUCUUCCAGCUCUGCUCUUUAAAAACAUGGUGCUGCUGGACUUUGGAGACGUCAUCUGGGCGUUUCUAUGGAGCGUCCUGGUCGCUAAGGUGACGGUGUUUGCGCUGGUGUGUGUUCUGACUCUGAUGGUGGCCAGUCCAGAGUGCAGAUACAGCAAGGCGGGUCUAUACGCCAUCUUUGCUACGCAGAGCAAUGACUUCGCCUUAGGAUACCCCAUAGUUGAUGCUUUGUAUCGGAGCACUUAUCCAGAGUACCUGCAGUACAUCUAUCUGGUUGCCCCGGUUUCUCUCAUGCUGCUCAAUCCCAUCGGCUUCGCUCUGUGUGAGGUGCAGAAGUGGAAGCAGACCAACCAUUCACACAGCACUAAGCGCAUCGUGGGAGUCGUAGUCCUACAGGUGAUGAAGAACCCAAUAGUGUUCAUGGUGAUAAUAGGGAUCCUCUCCCACUUUGCACUCGGCCAGCAGAUCCCCGCCGUGCUCUCUCAGUUCAUCGACGGCCUGGCCAACUCUUUUGGAGGAGCGGCUCUGUUUUACCUCGGCCUCACUAUGGUCGGCCAGCUUAGGAAACUCACCAGAGACACCGGAGUCGCCUUGAUUCUCCUCAUCACAGCCAAACUCCUGGUGAUGCCUCUGGUGUGUAAAGACAUGGUGGAUAUUCUGGAUGUUGGAGUGAACAGCACCAGCUCCAAUCACACCAGUCUGUCUAACUUUGCUUUCCUGUAUGGAGUCUUCCCAACGGCACCCAGUGUGGCCAUCUAUGCUGCACACUACAACCUCGAGCUAGAGGUGGUAACAUCCGGGAUGGUGAUCAGUACGUUUCUGUCGGCUCCCAUCAUCUACGUGUCGGCAUGGUUACUAACGAUCCCUCUGAUGGACCCCGCCCCCCUGGUGACUGAACUGCAAAACGUUAGCUUCAACAUUAGCAUCGUUAGCCUGCUAGCACUGGUGUGGACCAUAGUGGUGAUGUUGCUGAGCAGGAAGUUCAACAGACUCCCUCACCUCUUUGCCUUAAAUCUCUUCCUCGCUCAGUUUUUGGUGUGUGUCAGUAUGAUCCUGUGGAACUUCUUGGCGACACAAGAUGACAAUCUGCUGGGAAAGAUCCUCACCUUCAGUCUGCUCUACGGCUCUCUGUACAGCACCUACAUCUGGACAGGUUUAAUCCCUCUGUGUCUCGCUCUGACAAACAGAAAUGAUCUGCUGAGACUCAGACCAGGAAUCUUCAUGGCUUUGGGUUGGGGGGUUCCCUUCCUGAUGGUGGGAGGUCUUCUGUUAUUAGGAGAAAGGACUGAUUCUAUAGACUCUGCCUUCUUCUACGGUAGAGCUCAGAUAAUCAGCUCCACGGUGGUGCUGGCGGUCAGCCUGCUGCUCGGAGCGAUCUCUCUGAUGGGGCUCAGCCAGGGGGAGAGGGAGCAGAGCGGCUACGAGGCCCUGAACAGAGCCGCUGUGACGGGCCUCAGCGAAGAGCCCAGGACCAACGGUGGCCUGGAAGAUCCACAACAACAACAACAACAACAACAAGGGACGAUUACCUCACCGGCCUACAGUUCCAACUCAGAGCCCCACGGUUUCUCUCCUCUCCAGCCAAUCCCUGACAUGAUAGCCAGCACGCAGACAGAGCUGUCCAACGGCACAGGCCACAGUGGGGCGCUGUUUGACGGGCUGCCGAGCUCCUCCUCUGAGCAGCCGCUGAACCUGCCCCCCCCCGGGCUGCAGCCCACUGACGACAAACAGACGGUCAGACACGCUCUGCUCUGCCUGCUGCUGUUCGUCAGCCUGCUAGCGAAUCUGUCCAGCUGUCUGUGGUGGCUGUUCAACAAAGAUCCAGGAAGACUCUACCUGGAGCUGCAGUUCUUCUGUGCCGUGGCAAACUAUGGACAGGGCUUCCUGUCCUUUGGGAUCUUCGGUCUGGACAGACAUCUCAUCAUCCUGCCCUUCAAGAAGAAGUUUCUGUGGCUGUGGCAGGGCAGGGAGGCGGAGGAUUUGAGUCCCUCAGGUGUACCGGAGGAAGUCAGACUCACCUGUACGCAGUUUGUCCGAUACCACAAAGACCAGUGUGUUCAGGACAUAGUUCACACACGCAGGUUUGAAGAACCACAGGAGGAAGGUGGGGCUUUGAGACAUUCCCCCUCCCAUCGUCCUCUUCAUCAGGAGAUUCCAGAUGAAACCAGCGCCCAACUCGAGAGUAAAAACCAAGCACAUGUUUCCAUCUCUGAGGAGCAGAUUCCCCCGUCUACUGACACAGAUAAUCCUCCCCUCCUACGCCAGCAUGAUCUCCAUCUACACGCCACCAUUGACAGUGCGUUUCGAGGCAGUGAUUUAGUGGACUGGCUGGUUUCGAGGGGCUUGUGUUCGGAGAGGACGGACGCCAUGUUGUACGGAGUUCGUCUCCAGCAGGGAGGAGUGUUGGAUCGACAGCACAGAUUCAGAGACGAGCCCUCGCUGAUGUACCGCUUCACAGACGAGUAGGGGCUACAUCAUGUGAGAGGGAGCGAGAGGGCUGCACAAUUUAUUCAAAAGUGAUCGUGAUAUGGACUAGUCGUGCGAUAUCAAAUCAACAUUUAUUAUAGCCCCAAAUCACAAGAAAUGUACAAAUACAAACGUCAUAGCAUAAAAAUGAUAAAAACAUUAUACGACAUGACACAUCAACAUAAGUCUUGCCAUGUGACUGAAGUGAUGGUAAUAAUAAUGCAUUUUAUUUAUAUAGCGCUUUUCACAACUCAAAGAUGCUUUACAGUAUGAGGGAGGGGAGACAAACAAGGACAGGCAAACAAGUAAGUACAAAAUAAAAAGGCAGUCAAGAGGAAGUUGAUUGAGAGGGGGGGGGUGUGUAUAAUGAUGAUGGAAACUAGGUGAUGGAUAUUAGUUUGCAAGGAAGACACAGAUGGCUUUUGAGUUUGCUUUCAAAGGAGUCAACGGAAAUAGCUUAGCGGACGAUUCCAAAGGAGAGGUGCUCUGAAUGAAAAGGCUCUGAUAUCAAACUAGCAGGAAGAAAAACAUCUGCUUAUAGCGGCUGGAUUUGUUUUCCUUUGACUCCAGAAAGUUCAACCCUUCUGUGAAUCAGAGGUAAAUCAAAGCGUCUAAAUCCAAAUUGCAUCUUGUGCGGUCCACUACCGACUUGAUGAUACCAAAACCACGACAGUCCAAGUAAA